AUGGCUCUGCGCCCUGCGCCCCUCUUGAUCCUGGUGUUGGUGGUGGCCGCCCUGCAGGAGAGCUGCUUCGGGUCCCUUCCAGGCGCCUCCUUGCACUCCAUGAAGUAUUUCUACACCUCCAUCUCGGACCCCAGUCAGGGGCUGCCCCAGUAUGUCGCUGUGGGGUGCAUGGAUGGUCAGGUCUUUGCUCACUACGACAGCAACAGCCGGAGGAUGGAGCCUCGAGUCUCCUGGAUGGAGAAGGUGGGGAAGGAGGACCCCCAAUACUGGGACAGAGAGACCCAGAUUCAACGUGACAAUGAGGAGCCGUUCAGAGCAAACCUGGAGAUUGCGAGGACUCGCUACAAUCAGAGCGAAGGCCUUCAUACGUGGCAGUUGAUGUAUGGCUGUGAGCUCCGGGGAGAUGGGAGCAAAGGUGGGUUUUAUGACUUUGGAUACAAUGGGAAGAGCUUCCUCAACUUUGACAAGGAGACCCUCAGCUGGGUGGCUCCUGACCCCCAGGCCCAGCUCACCCAGAGGAAAUGGGAUGCUCUUUCAGCAUGGAAUCAGAGGAACAAAGUCUACCUAGAGGGAGAAUGCGUUGAGUGGAUAAAGAAGUAUCUGUCCUACGGGAACCGGACGCUACUGAGAAAAGAGCCCCCAGAGGUGACCAUGAGCAGCAAGCUGGAGGUGGAGGAUGGGAUGGAGACGCACGUCUGCCGCCUGGAUGGCUUCUACCCCAGGGAGAUCGAUGCCUCCUGGACGAGGGAUGGGGAGGUCUGGCUGCAGGACACCCUCCGUGGCUCCGUGGCCCCCAACGCAGAUGGGACCUUCCAUGCCUGGCUCAGCAUCCGGAUCGAUCCCAAAGAGAGGGGCCGCUAUCGGUGCCAUGUGGAGCACGAUGGCCUGCAGGAGCCUCUGGACGUGGCCCUGGAGGUUCCAGAAUCCAACCUGGGGCUCAUCGUCGGCUGCGUUGUGGCUGGUCUUGUCCUGGUGUGUGUGAUUGUUGGGAUCUAUGUAUUCUUCAAGAGACAUCAAGGUGACUACAGAGCAGCACCGAGUGAGUGA